AUGUUGACAAUGAAUGAAAAAUACUUACUUUGUUAUUUUUUACAAUACAAUAAAUUUUUAACACUAAACGAAGUUACAGAUAUAUUUAUAGAUAUAUUAAUAGGAUGUAGAGAAUUUGAGUGUGGAAUAACAAAGAUGAGUUGGACAGCUUUAAAACUUUCGAAACUACCAGAUGUUUCACUGCCACUCUACGGCCAUUCUGCAACGAUCUCUGGUGAGCGUGAUAUAGUGAUAUUCGGUGGAUACGAUAUUAUAAAUGAUCGUAUUACAAACAACUCUUAUUUAUUAAAUACAACAAAGAGAAAUCAAUGGACUAGACUAGAUAGUGAACAACCACUACAUGAUUAUCAACAACAACACCAGUUACAACAACAACAACAACAAUUACAACAACAACAACAAGUAUCAAGUUCACCUUCUUCUCCAGUCAACCAAACACUUCUCACCACAAAUAGUAAUCUAAGUUUUUCAUCACCAACUUUCUACUCACCGGUUGUAUCUUCACGUAGUCGUUCUUCUACAAUAUCACAUUCAUCUCCACGUGGAAAUAACAAUAGUAAUAAUAAUAGUAAUAAUAGUAAUGGUAAUAUGAUUCUGUCCAAUGACGAUAGUGUUUUGAGUAGUAAUAUUUUGAGAGGUGCGAUACAGAUACCGAGCAGUCCUUCACCGCUGUCGAAAUCCAGUCAGUUCACAGUGUCAACGUUUUCAAAUCAGACAUCUCCUCCGAUACCAUCGACUGGUCACAGCUCGAGUGGCAUCCUGCCAUUCUCUGUGAUUACACCGGGUGCAAACAGAGGUGUUCCACCAUCACCACGUUACUACCACACCUGUAAUGUAGUUGGUUCUAGAAUAUUUAUAUUUGGUGGAUACGAUGGCACUCAUCUCUACAACGAUCUACACAUUUUCAACAUCGACGGCAUGGAGUGGACUCAACCCGAGACACAGGGUGACGCGCCAACCCCGCGUUGCGGACACACCGCUACAGUGAUUGGAUCGCGUAUUUUUGUAUACGGUGGAAGUCUGAGCGGUGUCAAUCACCCGAUUACAGGCAAUCACGAUAUCGACCUCUACGUAUUGGAUACAGAGUCACUCACCUGGACAUUGAUAAAAACAACUUCCGGACAGUCGCCGUCUCCGCGCUACGGUCAUGUUUGUAUUUCGAUUUCGUCGCGACUCAUGAUACUCGGUGGCGCGGAAGCCAAACGUGAGAGUGGAGUGAAGCUGCCGAGUAAUCCAUUCAACACCUAUCACGUCCUGGAGACACUACGACUCGAUUUGAAAGCAUCGAAAUUCCGACAUCACGUAUCGACACUCCAUUCGCCACCCCGAAGACUGGACGCAUCGUUCGAAGACAGAAUGCUAAUGAAAGAUGGUGCAUCCGAUAUGGAAGGAGCAACAAGAACACGUAGACAUUCCAGUUAUAAACCACCACUCUCCUCAUCACUAAGUACAUUAUCAUCACCACCCUGUUUAACAACAACCAUUGUCUACAACAACAGUGAAUCACCAAACUAUAACAACAACAAUAACAAUAAUAGUAACAACAAUUUAAAUGGAAUAUUAAAGAAUCAUAUUCAACAACAACAACAAAAUAUACAGAAUCAUAGACAACAACAACUUCAACAAUUUCAACAGCAGCUACAGCAGCAGCAGCAACAACAGCAUUAUCAACAAUCUUCAAGUCCAUAUGAAAAUGAAGGUAUAUUGAGAGUUGGUGAAACUUGUAAUUCUUCGAGGUGUGCUCUCAACCAUAGUAUAUUGAGAGAUCUGUACUUUGAAAUGAAACAGAAGUAUCAAGAGGAAUAUGAAAAGCGUGUAAAACUGGAAAGAGAGUUGGAGCAGCUGCAGAAUGCCAAUCGAUUACCGAAUGGUGGAAGCAAUGCAGGUAGUUUCAAACACAGCAACAGCAGUAACAGUAUAUAUCGUCCUACUCUCGAUGGUUUCGAAGACUUGGCAAGAGAACUCUCUCGAUACGAAAAGAGAUUGAAAUGGGAGGAACUAGUCAAGAUUGAAUCUAAAAAUCAACUCUACCAACUUCGUAGUAAAUUCGAAACACUCUCCAAUAUUGUUGGUUAUGAACAUAAUUUAGUAUCAGCUGAUACAAAUAGUGAUACAAGUGAAUUAAGUGAUUUUAGAAAAGGAUUAAGUAGUUCAGAACUUGAUGUUGAUGAUUAUUCGAUAGAUACUGACAAUUCGUCAGUAACAAAGAGAACACCAUCCGGUGUUACACCUGUACAUCAACGAUCGUCGUCCACUCCACUGCCUGUCGUUAGUAAGAAGAAGGAGAAGGAAAGAGAAAAGGAAAGAGAAAAGGAAAGAGAACGUGAAGCUAGAGAGAAUAGUAUUACCAAUAGCAAUAGUGGAAGUACAAAGGAUCUAAAGAGUCACAGUGGAAUUCUAAAGCUGCUGACAAAAGCAGGUACAAAGAAGAGCAGUCGUACCUCGGGUCAAUUCGAAAAGAUCGUCGAUGAUGAACUCACACCAGUGCCAAGUGAUCUAUUAACAUCACUUCGAUCACCAAGAAAGAAUAGUUGUGAAGACAUCUUGGAAGAGAAUGGUAUAUACGAUGGUUCAUCAUCUACACACAGCAAUCAUCUAGAUGAUUUAGAUUCAAUCGAUGAAAAGAAAUCUAAAAAGAAAAUAGGAGAAAGAGAAAGAAAAGGAGAAGGAGAAGGAAAAGGAAAAGAAAAGGAAAAAGAGAAAGAAAAAGAGAAGGAAAAGAGAAGGAGAAAGAAAAGGAAAAAGAAAAAGAAAAAGAUAAAAAAGAAUAAAUCAUCAAGUAAAAUGAGUAAAUUAUUUGGAAAGAGUAAAGAUACACCACCAUUUAGAAGAGAUGUAUUUGAGAAGGUUAUAAAUCAUUUAGAAGCUAAUGCAUUGAACACAGAAAAUAUAUUUAGAAUUUCAGGAAAUAUGGAUACAGUUAGACAAAUCGUUAAAUCAUUCUCACACGACCCAAAUUUGAAUUUCGAAAUACACAAUGUCUCGAAUGCUCUUAAACACUAUCUAAGAUCAUUGGAUCCACCAUUGAUACAUUACGAAUUCUUUUUACCAAUGUUGGAUGCAUGGAAAAAUGAAGAUGCAGAUACAAUUAGAAAUAUAUGUUGGAAGAUACCAAGUGAUAAUAGAAUUGUGUUGACCAAGUUGGUCGAUUUACUCGUAAAGAUAUCGGAGAACUACGCGGUCAAUAGAAUGGAUCCAAAGAAUUUAAGUAUUGUGUUUGGUCCGACCAUUCUCAAGCCAAGACAACCAACACUUGAUCGUAUGGCACUGAUGACAGAGACUCAAGUCCUAUGCGGAAUCAUGCAGACAUUCAUAGAGGACUUUGACUUUAUCUUUGCUGAGAUUCCAAGUGGUCCUGCCAAGUCUUUUACAAGCUCUCGAAGUGACGCCGAGAAUGAUAGCGUCAACAACCUUAGCAAUCUAAUACCACCACUGGAAGAGGAAAGAAGUAACCAAACAACACCAUACACUUCAACACCAUCGAAUCAAUCACAAUCAACCUCACCCAUUCUAACUCCACAACAAACUCCACCCGGUUAA